AUGAAGCUCCAGCCAUGGACACAGAGCAAUUGGGUCCUGAGAAGACUCUCGCACCCGUUUCCUCCUAGCCUCCUACAGCCAGCUCAUGGCUCGCGCAACUUCUCCGUCUCCUUGACCCGUCCGUACCGCACACUCGAAGCCAUUCAAUACGUCGACGUCGAUACAUUCCGACAGCAAUAUUUUGCCCCCGAGCACCCCGUUGUCCUACCACGCGCUCAAUUUCGUGACCUGCCCGCCGUGAAGAAUUGGUUUGAAAGCACCAAUACCCGACCAAGCGCGACCAGCCACCCAACGACUCGAUUGAACCUGGAAUACCUCGAAAAGCAUGCCGCCGACGCGUUUGUCCCGCUAGAGCUUACAGAGCUAGCAGUCUCUAGUUCAUGUGGCAAUAAAAAUGGCAACAUGUCGCAGCAAGCUACUGCGUCGGACGUCGUAAGCUUCCGACAGUUCCACGCACCGGUGACGCUGUUCCUCGAAUGGAUGCGCACGGCCGAGACAUCUCCGCAGUCAACGCGACUCUAUCUCGCACAAUGCCAGCUUCUCGACCUGCCUCAAGUUCUUCGCGACGAUUUUCCAACACCGGAUAUUGUUGCAAAGGCCGGAAAGGGUGAUAUUUACGAUACAAAUGUGUGGAUUGGACACCCUCCUACGUACACCCCGCUCCAUCGCGACCCGAACCCAAACCUCUUCGUCCAGCUGGCUGGACGGAAGGUCGUGCGAUUAUUAGCGCCCUCGGAGGGACAGGCGCUCUUCUCUUCUAUACGGCGGCAGCUAGGAAAGAGUGGAGGCAAGGAUGCGGCUGCCAUGCGUGGGGAGGAGAUGAUGCAGGGUCAAGAACGGGUUUUGCUGGAUGAACGGGUAUGGGGUGACUCGGCUUCUGCAGGCUCGGAAGGGUCUGGCUACGAGGCGCAUUUGGAGGCUGGCGAUGGCCUAUUCAUUCCGAAAGGAUGGUGGCAUAGCAUUAAAGGCGUUGGAGAGGGAGUGACUGCAUCGGUCAAUUGGUGGUUUCGAUAG